AUGGAAUCUAAAAUCCUGCCCUAUCCUACAAAGUAUGACCAGAGGAAGGAGAUGGGUGACCUGACAGAGAUCUUUAGAGGACCAUACCAGCACUGGGCUGUGUAUGUCGGAGAUGGUUAUGUCAUUCACCUCGCUCCAGACUGUGAACAACCAGGUGCUGGGGUCAACAGCAUAAUGUCUUUGAGCCAUGACAGAGCUCGCGUCAAGAGGGAGAAGCUGUUGAAGGUAGUGGGAAAUGAUGAUGAUGAUGGCUGGCAAGUCAACAACCUCCUGGACGAAGAUUACGAGCCUCGUUCUCCCGAAGAGAUUGCAGUGAGAGCUGAGAGCAUGGUGGGCCGACUACUGCCCUACAGUGUGUUCGAGAGGAACUGUGAACACUUUGUCACGAAUCUGCGAUAUGGCAAGCCAGAAUCACGCCAGGUGCGCACCGCUGCGGAGGCUGCAUUGGUGGGUGGUGUGGCAGCGGUGGCUGUUCUGGGAGUCACUGCAGCAGCAACAGCUUUGUUUUUAGCAGGCCGCAAAGAGAGGGAGAGCAGGCGUUGA